GGCGCACGGGCCCCGCCGUGUGGGGGCUGCGUGCGCAGGUGGAUCGGAAGCUGUACAAGGAGAACAUGCAGAAAGAAAUCCUUAAUACCCCAUUCCUGACUGUUCAUGAGGGGUCUGUGGAAGAUCUUCUCUUGAAGGAACCAGAGUCAGAACAUCCAGGGAAAUGCCAAGUCAGUGGGGUCCUUCUUGGUGAUGGCAGCAAAGUACAUGCUGGCAGUGUCAUACUGACCACUGGCACCUUUCUGCGGGGGAUGGUCCUCAUUGGAUUGGAGAAGCAUCCAGCUGGGCGAUUAGGGGAUCAGUCAUCCACUGGACUGGCUCAGACUCUGGAGAAACUGGGAUUUGCUGUAGGGAGGCUGAAGACUGGGACCCCACCCCGACUUGCCAAAGACACCAUUGAUUUCAGCAUUCUGGCAAGGCAGUGGGCUGACAGCCAUCCUGUCCCAUUCAGCUUCCUCAGCGAGACUGUUUGGAUCAAGCCAGAGGAUCAGCUCUCAUGUUACCUGACUUACACUAACCCCAAAGUGGAGAAAAUUAUCCAUGAUAAUCUUUACCUGAACAACCAUGUAAAGGAGACAACAAAAGGACCCCGGUACUGUCCCUCACUUGAAUCUAAAGUUCUGCGCUUUCCAAACCGUAUUCAUCAGCUGUGGCUGGAGCCUGAGGGUCUGGAUUCCAAUAUCAUCUACCCCCAAGGAAUGUCAAUGACACUGCCACCUGAGCUCCAGGAGCAGGUGAUUACAUGCAUCCAGGGCUUGGAGAAAGCCAAGAUGGUACAGCCAGGCUAUGGAGUUCAGUAUGACUUUCUAGAUCCUCGUCAGCUCACUGCUUCCCUUGAGUCUCGUCUGGUUCAGCGGCUCUUCUUUGCAGGACAAAUAAAUGGCACCACAGGCUAUGAAGAAGCAGCAGCCCAGGGAGUCAUUGCUGGAAUCAAUGCUUGCCUGCGAGUCUGUGGCAAACCUCCUUUCACUAUCAGCCGCACUGAAGGCUACAUUGGAGUCCUGAUUGAUGACCUCACCACGCUGGGCACCAGUGAGCCGUACCGCAUGUUCACCAGCCGAGUGGAGUUCCGCGCGUUCCUGAGACCCGACAAUGCAGACAGCAGACUCACCCCCCGAGGCUUUGAGGAAACUGGCUGCGUGUCCCGGCAGCGAUAUGAACGAACAUCUCAAAUAAAGGCUGCCAUAGAGGAGGGAGUUGCAGUGCUAAAGUCUCUUCAACUCCCUCCCUCCAAAUGGUCCAGCUUGAUUCCAGAGAUUGUAAUCAGCAGCAGUCGUAGCUCACCUGUCAGGGCCUUCGACAUCCUUCAGUAUCCAGAAGUCAACAUGGAGUUAUUGGCAAGGAUUUUCCCAGAAUCCCUGGGAAAGCUUGCUGAAUGGAGAGAAUUGGCAGAAAGACUUAAAAUAGAAGUUGUUUACAAGUUGUGUACAUCCAAUCAGCAGCAGGAAAUGGAGGAAGUGCGCCGAGAUGAAGCUCUCCGAUUGCCAGAGAACCUGGAUUACUUCACCAUUAAUGCAUCACUGUCCCAGGAGAUGCGAGAGAAACUGGACUCAAACCGUCCCCAGACGAUUGGAGCAGUCAGCCGCAUUCCUGGAAUUACACCCGCUGCCAUCCUUAAUCUGCUGAGAUUUGUGAAGACUAAUCGGCAAAGGACAGGGGGCAUAAAGGUGCCAUUUAGGACUGGCAGAUCCUUACCAGAGAGAAAUACUGAUGUCCUUGGGAAGAGUGAAUUCCAGAGCUCAAAUCUGAGCAGGGCUUUCUGAGUAGGUGAUGGAGAAUGGCUGUAUUGCAGUGGACAUGUGUGGAGUCUUCAGACCGUACAAGGGCAGGGAUUUUUUGCAUCUGUAACUAGCCACCUCUGACUGUGUUCUAGUAGGUAUAAAGCCAACAGACCUGUAUGCCUUUUGCAUAGUGAUCAGGACCUCAAAUAGUUUUCUUUCCAAAUUUCGGUUAAAAAAAACUUACCUGGAACCUUAGUAUACAGCUAUGUGGGAGACAGCAUCAGUCUGUUUGAGAGCCUGAAAAGUCUUGAGGGAAGGAAAAAGGCAUGAAUAGGGAUUAUCUCUCCACAGUAGAGAGAGAAGUGCAAGAUGAAUGCUAGAAUGCCAAGAGCCCAGUAACUGCUGAUAACCAACUCGACAGUGCCCAGUGUUGCUGUUGAUUUCAUGUUGUAUUACCCAAGGGUGUUUUGUUUCCAGCCGGCCAUGGAAAUACUUGUGCUCUAAUAAUUUCUUAGAAAGUCUUUUCAUGGAAAGAUAGUAAGGGGGGGACAGAGAACCCAUUGGGCCCAUAGGCAAAUGUGUAACUUUUUAAAAGGCAGCUGAAUUAGGAUUUCAAAGGCAGUUCAUCUGGGGGUGGAGGUGGGUGCAGCUCUCUGCUACUGCAUGCACCCCCAGAGGAGGUAUGGGGGGCAUGUCCCCCCCCAGAUUUGUGCAUGGGGCAAGGGCUGGCUGCCUGCAUGCUGUGGGCCCUGGGCCAGAGGCUGCACUGGCCUUUUCCUGCUGGCAGGGAGGCUAGGCUGGGGCUGAAAGCGGGGAUUUCCCAGCAGUCCCCCCCACACGCACAAAUUACUCAGAGUUCAAGAAAUACCAUGUUAAAACAGAUUAACAGCACUUAGAACUGACUAGAGAGAAUAAGUAUUAAAAAAGAAGCCUUAAGUGGUGUUUUUUUUAUAGUGUAAAAGCAGUGGAAUAGUUAGAUUUGACUUUUUCCUGUCUCCCAUGCUUUUGAUCAGGCCACAGGAGGAAAAUGGUUACUCUCAGCUUUUACAAGGAGGGGUAAAAGAUGAGAUGUACAACCUGGGUAGCACUGAGAAGCUGCUGUUUCUUUUCUAAAACUUCAGUCACUUUUUCAUCAGUAUGCUAUUCUGCAUUACAGUUAUUUUUAGUCUGAUAUUAACUUGAAGUAAUGGCAUGUAAUAAAGUUAUGGCUAUCCUUGUUCAUCAGAAAGAGACUGAGCAUGACGCUCCUUUAAAUUUACUUUUCAUUUUUCUUAAGAACAUUAAAAAUGAGCCAAUGCGAACAAAAAUGUUGUCAUUUUCUCCAGCAAAGAAACUUGUCUCAGGUUUGUAGGCAUCCAGAGUCUACUACUGUUUCAUAUAAUAUAUAUUCUUGUCUGUAUAUAUGCAAGUUCCUCCCAACAAGAAUGGUUUCUUACUGUAGGUACAGCACUUAACACGAUAUGUCCUGAUAUCCAUUAAGCUGUCAGUGCUACUACAGUAAUAUGCAGUAGUAAGACUCUUGAUGGAAAUAUAGUUGCUAGCAGUCAGAGGGAUGAAUUAAUAUGCUGGGGAAACACAGAUUCAAUUCUUUGUUUUGCCACAGACUUCCUGUCUGACCUUUGAAAGAGGCUUUGCCUUGAAUCUCACUUCCCUAUCUAUAAAACGUUCCCCUUGUCAGUACCCUUGGGAAGAGAGAGAAAGAAAGAAGUAACUUAAAGAACGAAGCACCUAAAGACCUAUAAAUCCCCACAUUGAUCUAAAUAAGGUAAUGCCUACUAGUAUUGCAGAUUGGAGGAAUUUAUGAGGGUGGUCAAGCAUUGGAACAGGCUACCUAGGGAGGUUGUGGAAAACUCGAAGUUUUCAAGAGUAGAACAGAUAAAUGCUUGGCUGGGAUGGUUUAGUCGGGGAUGAUCCUGCCUUGAACAGGGGACUGGGCUAGAUGAUCUUAUGAGAUCCCUAGAUGACCUUUCCUAUGAUCCUAUGCUUGUAUAAAGUUGCCAGCUCAAAACAGACAUGAAUUUUAUCCUGGAUCUGGUUGUCCUGGUCUUUGACUCGCAUCAAAACAUGCAUAGGAACAUAAUUUACACAUGCAGCCUGAAUGGUAAUUAACUCAAAUUAGCCCUGGUUGUCCUGGGGAAAAUGUUAUCAUGGAUACUUCACAGUUUAAAAAUAGAUUCUACAUCUAUUGGUUCCUGAAAUAAAAAAAAGGCUUUGUUCCAGAUUGGAAAAAUCCAAUGCAUGUUUUUAGCCUUCAAUUUAAGGUCACAUCAGCUCUAGGAUUACUGUUGAUGUAAGCCAUUAAGAAAGGACUCAUCAAGGGAAAGAUUUAGAGGGAAAGGAUUGAGCAGACCAGGCUUUUGAGUUAGCAGGAGGUGUGGAAGGGAUUGCUAGUUACAAGACUGAGCAAAGUCUUAAGAAGACACACCUAGAGCCGCCUGCCUCAGGACAGACUGGCAGAUGGCACAAGGAGGAAUUAAGUGGAACAAGGGAUCUUGUAAUCAGGAAGUCUGUUUUAUAACAUACUGUAUUCUGUCAUAGUAUGUCUCAAUUAAAGGUACUGUUGUUUUUAGAAACGAGAAAUCCCAAGAGUCAGUCUCAAGUCUGACUAGCCCUGGAGAUGGGCUGGUCAAAGUACUGGUCAGAUUUCAGCUGGCAGGAUCUAGUUAGUCUUAUAGGCAACUGCAGUUUGCUGAUUCCAAAUUACUGUAUGAGCACUCUUUUCUUUACCAAGGACUUUCAGGAAGGGAUCCACUCAAUACUUAAGCACAAACAGUAGAGACCCUGAACUCUUCUCCAUGUCUGCAGAGAGCAUUGGCUUUGAUUGAAGCAGUUCCUUGUAGUAACAAUCUUGUCUUCGUUAGUUUAGGUGCUGAGCACAAUAUAUUUCCUUAGUAAAAAUCUAGGUAUUUGUAUUAUACUCGUUACUCGCAAAUCUGAGCACAUCCUACCAACAGAAAAGACAAAGCAGUUAAAAUUGGUUUUGCAGUAACUAAGUUAAAAUUUUAAAAGUCCAUUCCUGAGAUAAUAUAGCUGACUUUCCCUAGCUGACUUCCUGCCCUUGGGGCAGGGGGCUGGACUCUGUCAUCUCCCGAGGUCCCUUCCAGCCCUAAUAUCUAAGAAAUCUAUUAAAUAUACCUAUUAGCCCUUGACCUAAAAGUUAAUCUUGAUCAGUGUUUCCCUUCCAGCACUCUUAGUAUUCUCAAAACUCACUCUUGUUCUUUCUGUUUACAGGUCAUGUUUUAAAACAGAAGGGCUGGUGCUAGAGGAGCGAGAAGGUUAUGGGGAUGUGUAGACUGUUAUCUAGUGUGGAUUCACGUUGGCUAGAUAUCAUAUUUUGGUUCUUGGAGCCUUAGAUGGGAUAAAAAGGUUUCUCUCCUCUGCUUAUGAAACUUUGCUGUUGAAUGCCAAGUCCAGGCAUGUCUCUCCAUGAAUCCAUUUUAUCAGAUGUCAGGUGUGGGACUCUCUGUCCUGGCUACAAAGCUAAGGGGGCUCCCAGCCAUGAAAGCCUGCUUCUUGCCGAUGCAGGGAGAAGCCAGGAUCAGACUUCCUCUAUACCAGCAAUAAGGCACAAUUGGAUCUAAUGUACGAUCCCACAGUCAGACUUCCUGAUAUACACAUGUGGCGUGGCAGGAGGUGCAAUUGUGUGCAUCACAUAUUGGAUCCAAUUGUGCCUUUACCUGCAUCUGUAGAGGGGUGGGGUCUCAGUUUCAGUUCCUCUGCUGAGGUUUGUUGCUUAAGUUGUAAACUGAGUUUAGGAAAUAUCAAGACAAGGCUUUGCAAUGAAGCGAAAAGCAUUUUGCUUUGACGCUGGUGGAUUCAUGCCAGUUAAAACCUAAUGAGCAUAGAGUUUUGUGGUUGUGUUUCACUGAAUCAUGAUGAAUCUGUUUCCUGAUAGCCACCUGCCUAAUAUUGUUAAAGCCACAAUUUAUAACUAAACACUAGACCUUUAAAAAUCAAAUGCAAACACAGAGAUGACUUCAUCUCCAUUAUGUUUUUCCAGGAAGACUCUCUUCUAGAGCUCAUUAAUAUUAGGAAGCUUUCCAGAAAAGAAUCUUUUGUACCCCUAUGCAGGCCUAUAUCAAAUCUAGCUAUGCCACCAAAAAUAAAAAAUAAUUAGGGGUGCACUGAUAAAGAUUUUUUUUUUUGGCCAAUACCGAUGGCCAAUGAUUAAUUAGCCAUAUCGGACAAUACCUAGCCAAUAUGCAGCUCACAUCUUGGAGAGCAGCGUCCAGGCACUAAGUCUGUGGGGGGGAAGGGCUGCAGGGGGGCAGAUCGAGGCCCCCAUGGUGAGGGAGAG